AUCAUCCAAUAAGAAAUUUAAUUAACAGAAAUAGUUGAUGCGAUUUCGAUAGAUAUGUUAAAAGUAGUGCAUUAAUUCAAUGUAUAGCAUAAAUUUAACAAUAAAGUGUACCUAUUGAUCUUUGCUGGGCAUAAAGUUUGAAUACAUUAAAUCGUAAUGUGAAUGAUUGUAAUAACGAAAUGGUGGUCCAGAAGAGUCCAAACGAUAGUGAAGCUCCAAAUAAAAGUGGUGGGACUGAUUUAAAUACCAAUAAUACAUGGAAUUUUCAAGCUCCCACCAAACAUAAUAUCCGAGUCGGUACAGCUGCAAAUAUGCAAGCGAAACAGCCAGUGACUCGGCAAAUCGCCAUAAGUACUCUGGCAGCUAUGCACAGAAGAUUUAGUCUGCCUGGCCCUGUGCAACCACAUUCCCGCCCAAUAGCCGAGUUCCGAGCGAGCGCCAAUAAAUCCCUGGACAUGCUGAGACAAACAAUACAGUCAGCAGUCACUAGAGAAAUAGAUCAAGUCAUCAAAAAGUAUCUGGAGAAAUUCUUUGUCCCUGCUGUAAAUAACAUAAGAUUAAACUUAGGGGAGGAAUCUGUAAGUGAGGAUCAGGUCAGGGCUGUAUGUCGUGCAAUGUUGGAUGCAACUCGUCUGUUGUACACAACACCAUCCAAGACAAAUCCAUCCACAUAUGAGUCAACCGAAAGUGAAGCCACAAGCAUUAUAACAGAAACAAAAUUGCCACGCCCGUCAUUGUUACAGAUACAGCUGCAGAACAAAAGAAAAGAGAUAGACAUUGACACAGAUUUUAUCACCAAAACAAAGAAGAUCAAGCAGGAGGAAGCUUCUGACAGUGGGUCGUCAUCACCUAUCCCGUCACCGGCAGUACGGGAUCCGGAGAAGUGGAAUCCAGCCAGACUCACCCAAGAUACACUCUUCAUAAUGGGGUCUCAUGCUCAUAAGGUUUUGGGUCUGGGUAAUUCUCGCGGCCGUUUGUACACCAGGCAUGCUGGGUUACUCCGUUAUCCAGCUGAUAGUGCCGACAAAGAGUGGAUUGCCAGUCACAACUUAGUUAAUGCUGUAGGGGGGAAAACUUAUAUUAUGGUAUUAGAAGACAUUGAAGAACUGGCUACUAGUGAUACAUACAAACACAACUCUCUGCCCAUGCUAGGAGAACUGACAGGGUUCAGAGUCCCACCGUUUAUGCUGAAGAAAAUAAAGGCGUAUGUUCUAAAGAGGUCGCAAAGUGGAGAAGUGAGUAACACUAACAGUCCCCAACCAUCCACGAGUUCACAGGAGGACAAAUUCAAAAUAGAAGACAUAAAACUGGAAGCACACGACGACUUUGAUUCCGCUAACUUUAAUGCUAGCCAAUAUAUGACUAAUUCUGAAAAUAACGGUAACUUCGAAGAGGUUUCUAUGAUGAAGGAGGAUGCAGACUUUGCUGAUAUCAAGGUGGAAGACAUGGAGGACAUCAAAGUCGAUGGAAUCAAAGUCGAAGACUUAGAUAUUAAAGUGGAUGAUAUCAAAGACGAGGAUUUAGAAGACGAAAAUAUUGAUGAUUUGAAUGUGGACGGAAUAAAAGUGGAAGAUAUCAAGCUUGAAAACGAGGACGCUUUUAAUCUUUGCAAGCAAUCUGAUGACGAUCAGAGUCAUCUAGUUGAUGGAUUACUAGAGGCUGACAUAGAAUUUUUAAGCCGAAAUCUGGGUAACAUAGAAAGUGACGCGGAUGCCCGUAAGACCAUUGAAAAGUUGACUGGUGGUAGCGCAGAUACUAUUACACUGGUUGGUGACGAAUUCGAUCUGGGGUCGACGCUUAAUACAAGCAAUUUCUCAGGCUCCUCGAGCACCAAGUGUAUAACGGUGGCGUCGACGACUAGCGGGAUGGUGCACAGCGUGCCGGUCGCGCACCUCGCGCCGCGCAUCACGGGCAGCACCGUCCACUACUACAGCACGCCGCCGCGCGCGCUGCCCCACACAGUCACCAUACAGAGCAUCCCGCCCCCCUCGCAGAUGAUACGCGGGAUACCCAUCAACAGCAAGUCAGGGACAAUCAGUACAGUGAUGUCACAAGGCAGCACCAUCAUUGGCUUUGGCACCCGUACUUCGAACGCCAUCAUCGGUACGCCGCAAUACGUCAGCGUCUCCAAGCCCUUCCCCAACAUACUCCACAACGCCAUCUCCAAGAACAUCAAUCAAUCAAUCAACCGCGCGGUAACCUCUGCCGUCUUCAACGUGACCACCAUCCGACCACACACGACCACACCAAAAACGGUGACCACCACUGAUUUCGACAGCAUAUCCACGACGAAGGAUAUGAUCGAUAACGCCUGCAAUUCGUCCGUUAUGCUCAAGAAGGUAUUGACUCUAGGCAGUGCAGGUACCAAGUCUUUUAUGAUGCAUAACACCCAAAAGGUUUUGUCUACGGGGUACGCUAAUGGGGCUACCCCUCCGCCUAAUGUGACUAUAGUCAGCUCGGGCACAGGUGGCAUGAUUAAUCCCAGCGUGGGACCCCCGAAUAUGGUUUGUCCCACGUCGGGCAAUCUGAGCGCUACUCACGCCACUUUGUCAGCUUUACUCGCGCCAAGCGAUUCUCAGGUCAGCAAAAAGUAAUGCCAAAGAUUCAUAGGCAGAUGACGGACCGACGCGACGUCAUUUGAUCGGGUUAUAUCAUUUCAACGUUAGCCGUGAAUCGUGAUCUGUCGGCUGGGUUUGAUAUAAGUUGA